GCGGCCUUUCCCGGCAGCUCGUAGGUCUCAGGAAGAGGAGCAGCUGGAGGAAGAAGCGCGGGGGCUGGGCGGCUCCUAGGGUGCAGCAGCGCCGCACCCCGCAUGGAGCCCAACGUGCGCUUCUGGAUCACCGAACGCCAAUCUUUUAUUCAAAGAUUUCUUCAGUGGACAGAAUUAUUGGAUCCUACAAAUUUGGUCGUUUCAAUUGAAAAAAUAGAAAAAUCAAGGCAGCUAUUGUUAACACACGAAGAUGCAUCCGGAAGUGACCUGGAGGACAAAAGGGUACAAGAAGCUUGGAAGAGAAGUCUCUCAACAGUGCAUCCUGACAGUAGCAAGCUGAUCCCUGGUCCUUUUCGACCUGCAGCUCUCCUGCCUUUCACGGCGCCCAUGGUAUUUUUGUCAAUGCUGCCAGUAAAAAGUCUAAAGUCCAUGAUUUUACCUCAGGUUUCCUUCUACACGUACAGUACAGUCUUCAACAUUGUCAAUGGAAAUGCAAGUUAUGAUCGUCGCCCCCAUGAGAGUAUCUUAGUAGGAGCAGGAGUGAUUGCUUCAUCCACCUUUUUUGGAUUAUUCCCUCGUUUGCUCCAAGUAAGAUUUUCACUGAAUAGCAUUUUGAGCAGAAACGUCAUUCCUGUCGUCAUUCUCGCCCAACUCAGUGGAAUGAAUGUGGUCGCAUCGAGAAGUUUGGAGCCCCUGCGAGGAAUUGAGGUCAUGGACAAGGAAGGCAGUGUCAUAGGCUAUUCCAGAAAAGCUGGGACAAAGGCCGUUAAAGACACAGCAACAUCCAGAGUUGUGCUGUUUGGGACCUCAGCUUUUAUCCCUGAAGUCUUCUCAUACUUUUUUAAAAGGACCCAGUUUUUCCUGCAGUAUCCGUGGUCACUGUGGACCCUAAAGCUUUCUUGUACUAUCCUUGUCAUGGGACUCAUGGUGCCGGUUUCUUUUAGUGUAUUCCCACAGAUUGGACGGAUACAGUGCAGUGAGCUUGAAAAGGAAAUUCAGUCUGCAACAGAAGAAACAGAACUCUUCUAUAACAGAGGGGUGUAGGGGUGAGUUUUAAGUGAAUUUGUUUGGUACCUGCGUGAAAACCUUCCUCCAAGGUUUCAGUGUGGACAACCCUGCCAGGAGUGUCCUGGAACCCCCAGAGGUGUCUGCACCAACAGGAUGGCUUCCGAUCACGCACGCCAAGACUGUUUUGAAGCUGAUCGUGCCUAGGGUUAAACAAGCUUGGGUGAAAGGAGAGAAACGGGGGCUGUCCUGUCUAACCCACCACACGGGGUUGCUGAGGGGAUGAAUGUGUGAUGUAAGAUUCAGUUUUCUAUUCGUCAGCCUGUGAAAGGAUACUGUGAACUUACUAGUAAACUUUUCUAAAGUUGAGUAUUGGAAAACGAAGGAGAAAGGUCCACCAAUGCCCACGUGCCCAAGGCACAGGCAUUAAACUGAUGGCCCAUCUCGAGGUGUACAUGUGGGGAGCCAAUGAAGGCCUCCAACCCCCAAAGCAAUCCUGUGUCCCUUCUCAGCUUACUCCUGUUAGACAGCUGCUUAAAAUCUUUGCCAGCUGCUGCCCAGCUGCUUCUCUCUCCUCACUGGCAGGUGACCCUGUCUCCUCCUCCACUGUGAAAGCCAAGGCUAUUGGCCUCCUGGCUCCAGACCUGCUGACCUCCCUCCACACACGUCAGCCUCCCCUCCUCCGUGCAAAGUCAGCUGUGCCCUGGGCUUGAGCCCGACCCUUCCUGUUUGCUCAGGGCCUUUGCUCUGCGGCCUCCUCUGCCCCUCUGGCUCCAGCCUCCCCGCUCUGCUCCUUCUCCGUAGCAUUUCAACUGCUUGAGUCACCUGCCUCAUGCAAAAAGCAAAACCCCCCCUCUGUAGCCGGACUUUUUCAGAGAGUUUUCUACCCUCACUGUUUCCACCCCGCCCUCCACUGCUGAGACUGCCGUCAUCCGUGCCCCCCCAGAUGCUGGCCAUACUGCCACUGCCCCCUGUGCGGGCCUGUCGUGGGGCUUGCUCUCCCCUGCCCAACAGGCCCACGUCCAGUGGCCCCCUGCGCUUCGCCAUCUGGAUGUCCACUUGAGACCAUCUUCCCCUCCCAACCUCAGGGAACGGCACCACCGCGUACCAGUUUCGUCAGACAGGAUCACUGGCCCCGGCCUUACUCCCCCAUCGCCCCACCCCAUUCAGCACUAUUGGGCUGAGUCUGUUAAGUCUCUAGAACUCACCCCUCCGCGUCCACUGCCCGGCCCAACAGCAUAUCCCCUGCUGGUGUCGCUCAUCAGUCCAUCUCCAGCCCGCUCUUCGAAACCACACCUGCUUAAAAGCCUUAAAUGGCUUCCCAGUACAUCAGGAUCAAGUCCAAAUUCCUCGCCAUGGCAGGCGGGAGCCUUUACCUUAUUCAUCUCUUGCCACUCCCUCUCCUCACUCUGGACUGACAUCCAGUUCCUCAGGUAUGCUGUGGUCUCUCUUCUCUGGCCUUCCCACCAGCUGUUCCCUCUGUUCUGGGCUAACUCCUCCCUGUGCUUCAGGUCUGACUUGGACGUCAAUCACUCUUCUCCAGGAAGCCUUCCAGGAUUCACAGAACUGAACUAGGUGCCCUUCCAAUGUGCUCCCAUAGUGCUCGUAUCAUGCCUAGCACGUGCCACACCACGUGCAAUCCCGUUUGCUGAAGCUAUGUGCCCAUAGACUGUGCACCUUGACAGCAGGAACUCUUGUCUUGGGCAUCAAGGAAGCCCCAGGAUACGCAGUCCACGGUGUAGAGUAGGUACCCAAACGUAGGCGUACUGCAUGGAGGGCUGUUUCCAACACACCCUGCCCCAAGUCAUCUAAGAAUGCACCUGUGGCUUUCAGUUUUCCCUAGGCCACAAUGAUGGUUAUCUCCAAAUUGGGUAAAAGAUGUUUCACAACAGCCUAAAAGGACAAAAUCAGUAAAAGUGAUGUAUCAUUCAGCUCCAUGUAGCCACAGGCUUAUACUGAACAAACUUAACAAAAUGUGCAACGGCUCCAAGUGGAGGUUCAGCCACUGACAGAUAACUGAGUAGUAAUGUGAGAGCAUCUUUUCAGAGAAGGCACUUGGACCUUACAGUCAGCUCCAGGAAGUGCGGGGUGGAGGAGGGCCGGGCAGAGAGAGAAGGGCUGAGCCAGUGGUGGAAGGAACCAGAUUGCCUAACUUUCAAAUCGGUCUUUGGAUAAUUCCCCGGUGGGUUUGCAGCUGACUUUUAAAAAAGGGUUUUUUCUUUUGUUUGUUUGGGGUGGGGAGAAUUAGAGAAAGAGGGCACAAUUUUUCAUAUGCCUAAAACUGCCGAGUAUCAAAAUAUUUUAUUUCUGUAUCAUAAAUUUGUCAUUUUAACAACUUUGAUCAUUAGCUAAUAGAGUAAUACAAAAAAAACACGGGCAAAAAUGAUGUUAGUAUUCAUUCUCAUAAAGUGCAGAUUUAAUUUUCAAUUGUUGGCCUCAGUAAACAUCAUCUCAUUUCAAAUCCUCCCCUGCCCCCACCCAAGGAGGGGCUAUUUUUAAAAUUUUUUCCCUAACAAAUGUCUAACACCGGGAAUAAAUGAACGAUCCAAUAAAGACAAGCUUUUUUGCAAACAUUUUUCUGGGUAAGAUUUCUAAGGACAACAGUACUGAGUGAAAAAUAACCUUUCAUAAUGAAUAUGAACACAUAUAAUAAGAACAUAAUUUAGACCCCCAUGCUUAUUUUGCAAUUUUUAGGUCUCCAAUUAUGAAAAAGUUACCUAACUAAACAAAGAACGGUUAUCUUCAUACGUGGCCAAAUUAUUUUUACUGAUGUUGUUUGAAGACAUUCUCUGGUUUUGGCCUUUACAAGAAGUUAAUUCUCACACUCUCUCACCAAUUACAUAAGGCUGCUGUUUCAGCCAUAGAGACAUUUAUAUUCCAAAUGGGCUUUCUUCUUUUACUCUACUACAUAAGGACUGGCAUCUUUUUCAAAAGAAUAUUGCUAGCAACUGGGUUAAUUAAAGAGUACUAAUGGCUUAAGUUUGCCAAAUGCUUACCUCUGCAACAGUAUAAAUAUGGAUUAUUAAGUUGUCUACUCCAGUAUAAAAUCUAUGCAGAACCCUCAUACUAUAGGCAAAAUGUUCAAAGGCUAAGGAAAAAAAAAUUCUUUUACAAGAAAGUGCAACUGCAGGGUCUUUUGAAUGAUCUUCUAGACGGUUCUGCAGAAAACUUAGUAGUUUGGCUCAAAGUAGAGUUCCUCAUGAGGAAUUAAAGUUCUUCCUAGAAGAAUACAAAGCACAAUUUCAGGCAGCUUUCUGAAAAUAAACCAUUAGUUUGUGGUUACACACUGAGACAAACUGGAACUUAUAAUAAUGAAGGCUUUCGGAUUUGCUGUGACUUGCAGGAGAACUUGACAGAGCUGUUCUGCUCUUAACUCCAGGACAUCAGGCUGUUUUAUAAUGUUAUAUAUAUAGGUGGUUACAGCACUUUGUAAACAUUGAGAGUAGGCGUGAAAUUAAUCAGAUAGGAGGAAAUCGGAAGUGUUUUCGUAUGUGUUUCAGUGCUUUUUCAGGUCAAAUUGCAAUGCUUUCAAAUAAAUCAUUAAAAAUAUAA